AUGGCUCAAUCCCAUGGGAAAGCCGUCCACUUUCAAAGUGUCUUGAAGAUCUGGCGGAACAGCAUCAUGGUCACAUGUGGUGAUCCGCAAACCACAUGGUUGAGCGAUCAUGGAGCUUAA